AUGAGUACAGGAUGAAGGCUGUGGAGGAGGUGAAGUACAUGCGUGGAGAGGAGGACAGGGUCAGCGCACGCAACCAGGAGAACCUGGAGAAGAGCUCCACGCAGCAACGGGGCAAACAGCACAAGGAGGGCACAGGCGCUAACUCCAACAAGACAAACAUUCACACGUCAGAGAGCCAGCAGGAGUUCUUCAGGAUGCUGGAUGAGAAGAUUGAGAAGGGACGAGACUACUGCUCGGAAGAGGAGGAUGUAACAUAGCAGCAAGGCCCCUGACUCUGCUACUGACUGUGUGUGUGUGUGUGUGCAUCUGUGUGAGUUUGUGUGUGGGUAUGAGUGAGUGAUAGAGCAUCAGAGAGUGAGAGGAAAUGGAAACAGUGUUUGUCACAAGUGUGUGAUGUUUGCAUUUGGAUGAGGUGUGUGUGUGUUUGUGUGUGUGUCUGUUUGUGUUCGACGGAGACAUAUUAUCCUCACAGACUGUUGCCCCUUAUACCCCCGCCACAACCUCGCCCUUUCUCGAACUCAAACUGACCCUUUUUCAAGUGUUGGGUGGAAAAAAUAGCUUGAUGAAGUGAUCGCUUAAAGAAUGGAUGGACGAAUGGAUGAGUGGAUGGACAGACUCACUGUGGAGAUGUGAGAGAGAAACUCCACCCACACAGGACCACUCCCCCCCACCCCACUCUCCCUUCG